AUGAAGAUUCUUGUCUUGUCACGAUUUGACAUCUUUCACCUCAUGUCGGCAGAAGCUCGCGAAAGCUUGCAACGUUUAUCCUUGGGAUACGCUCGUGAAUCUAUUCGAAGUCGUGCACUGAAAACAGUGGCGUGGGAGAAUUACAAAAAAGCUUUUAUUACCGGUGUUAUGACUGGAUACCAAAACAACAUAUUUGGGUCUGCUUCUGUACAGCCUGGCUCUCGUGGUUUCUCUAUGAUGACGAAAUCGCACUCAGCACCGCUAUUGACACGUGCCGACCCUUGCACUUUAAUUGAUUCAUGCUCCCUUUUGCUUAAACGUCAGAAAGGGAAAAUGAAAAUGCGUGCACCAAAAAUGGUGCGUUUAACGAAUAAGGUCUAUAAUGAUGCCCAGAAGGAUAACAUAAAAAAUGUCAAAAAUGCACUUGAAAGUCAAGCUGGUUAUAAAGUUCCAAGUAUUAUUGAUACAAGCAACUCUUCAGUAGCAUUGCCGAAGACUGCCGUUUCGAUCAAAGCAAUAAAAAAAGGUGCAGUUGCGAGUACAAAUGAAUACUGUGGUGAUUUAAAUUUCUGUGACCAAGUUCGUGCAGAGAGAAACGAAUUUGCUGGGAGCGAUGCUAAGUUGAAAGACGCAGCUUCUUUUUCAUCGGCGACAGCCAUGUGGGAUCCCGUACAUGGCGUAAAUCAGCCUUUCGCCGUGCUAGGGUUUAUGAAAGAAACGAUUACUCGAUCUGCAUCCAGAGGGAUGUCUUUGCUAUUUUCUUCGAGCAACCCAUUUAAAAUGUCACAAUCUGCUGCAGACCAGCUUCGAAAGGCGGCUGCAGCUGUGGGCGCAGGAGGCCAAUCAGAGUACACUCGAUUUCGAGUGUUUGGCAAAGUUUGUUCUGUCGAUGAAGCCCUUGACUUCUUUGGACAAAUAUGCGCAGUGGAAACGAUACCAGAACUGGUAUAUGGUCGAGAUUGCAGUUGCUUUGCUAUUUACCGAAAGGACGAGAUGAUAAUGAAUCUGAGAAACCAAUUCAAUGUUAAAGGAGAAGAAAGAACCGCACAGUUCAGUGCCGCACACUUGCAACGUGUUACGAGCCAGCGCUUUGCGUGCAUGCGCGUCUCACUCCAAUCACCGCGACCAGCAAAUCUUGAGUCAAUAAUAAUGAAUGUGUAUCAGUGCUUCCCCACUCCACAAAGUGCUGUAAGAUUUGCUCGACAAGGUGCUCUUCCGACUCAGGGCGCGCUGAUUAUUGUGCCACUAUUUGAGUGGAUCACACUGGCAGAGCUGCAGCGCUUUGAUGCUCGCAACAACGAUCUAGCGCAAGAACUGGAGCUUGCAAUGUGUCGUGGCGGGCACAAAAAGCUAGAAAGAGGCCAUAAAAAUAAUG